CGGAGCUGAGCGGGGCGAGGACAGGGCACCUGCAGGGCCCUGGACACGCGCCCGGCCGGGUGGGCGGCGAUGAGCACCGAGGGACCGCCGCCCGCCGCCGCCCCCCGCGGGCGUCCGGACCACCGGCUGGUGCCCGCGCGGACCAAGACCACGCUGGCUCUGCUGCAUGACCCGGACUCUGCCAACACCUAUGAGGUGCGCCUGAAGCUGACAAAGGAGGCUCUGAUAGUUCAGAAACAGGACGUCAUCUGUGUGAGUGGAGGCCACCACUGUGGGAAUCACAGAACUGUUGCACUUCGCAGACAGCCUGUCGGCGGCUUGGGCCUGAGUAUAAAGGGGGGUGCUGAGCACAGCGUGCCUGUCGUCAUAUCCAGGAUAUUUAAAGACCAAGCAGCUGACCAGACAGGGAUGCUGUUCAUAGGAGAUGCUGUCCUACAGGUUAAUGGCAUUAAUGUAGAACAUGCAACCCACAAGGAAGUGGUGCAUCUUUUGAGGAAUGCUGGCGAUGAGGUCACCAUCACCGUGCAGUAUCUCAGCCAGGCGCCCUCCUUUCUGAAGCUCCCGUUAGGGUCCCCUGGGUCACUCAGCAACCACAGCAGCGAGGCCUCCUCUCCGCUCUUUGACAGUGGUUUGCAUCUGAACGGACACUCCAGCCACACGGCCCUGUCACCACCUUCCUCGCCCAUCGCUAAGGAACCAAAGUAUGAGAAGCGCUGGCUGGAUGCCCUGUCAGUGCCUCUGUCCAUGGCACGGAUCUCCAGGCACAAAGCUGGAGGGGAAAAAUUCAGGUUGAACGCCUUCGAGGUGCUGGCCCUGGACGGGGCCCGCACGGGAACCCUGCAGUUUUGCACAGCCCAGGACGGCGCCGACUGGCUUCAAAUGGUCUCUGCGAACAUCAGCGACCUGACGCUUAAGAACAUGAAAAUGGCAAAUAAGUGCUGCUCUUCGGGCGACCAGGUUGUACAUAUGGGGUGGGUAAACGAGAGACUCCAGGGAGCCGACUCCUCCCAAACCUUCAGAUCCAAGUUCCUGGCCCUGAAGGGCUCGUCGGCCUACAUUUUCGGCACUCCUCCGGUGAGCACAUUAGACUGGGUCCGAGCAGAGAGAAUCUAUAACCUCUGUGAGGUGUUAUUUCAAGUUCACAAGUUCUGGCUUACAGACGACUGCUGGUUACAAGCUAACUUGUAUCUGGGGCUUCACAACCUUGACUUUGAGGACCAGAGGCCAUAUUGUUUCAGCAUCAUAGCAGGCCACGGGAAGAGUCACUUUUUCAACGUGGAACUUGGCAGUGAGCUGGUGGUGUGGGAGAAGUCAUUCCAAAAAGCGACGUUCAUGGAAGUUCACAGAACUGGGUCCAAAACGUAUAUGUGCAGCUGGCAAGGAGAAGCACUGUGCUUCACAGUGGAUUUCACACUGGGAUUCACCUGUUUCGACAGUGAGACCAAGAAUGUUCUCUGGAGAUUUAAGUUCUCUCAACUUAAGGGAUCCUCAGAUGAUGGACAAAAUCGAAUAAAGCUUCUGUUUCAGAACCUAGACUCCAAACAAAUUGAAACGAAGGAACUGGAGUUUCAGGACCUGACGGCCGUGCUGCAUUGCAUCCACUCCUUCCUAGCGGCCAAGGUGGCCUCCGUGGAUCCCGAGUUUGUGGACAGUCAGAGCAUAGCGAGGGAAUACAUGUAUUGCAGCUAAAGACGGUUCCUGGCCAGGGCCGGAAGAUCGCGUUAUUUUCUUAAGAAAGGAUUCUUUCCUGCACAGUAUUGCAACUUUCAUUUUAUAAUGAGCCUAUCGUUGUGAUAUGACUAUGACAAUGAAAUAUGUCACCAGUUUCCAAAGACGGGUCACCCUUGUUACAUCUAUGAGUGAGCAGGUCUGUUCACGCAAACCCGAGGCUAAGGGAACUGAGCAGACAGCGCGCACCUGUGCGCCUCAAACGACAGGUGUGGUGUCGCCGCUGCCCACGGUGCUGCCCACGACACUGCCCAUGCCGCUUCCCAGGCGGGCAAGGCCAGAUUCACUUUCAUAAAACCUGCCGUAGACGAUACUGAUAGCUCGGCAUGUCUUUCCUCAAGAAGGAAAGGGUUUUAUUUUGGAUUUGCACUGUCACCUGGCCCUUUUUCUCAAGUAGGGAGCAGAAUGGGGAGCAGCUGAGAAAGGAGAGGCAGUGGAAGUACACCGGACAAGGAAACCAGCUUCAAUUAUUUAUUUCAGUUUUAAUUUUUAUGCAAUCAUGUAAUUUAUAAUAUGGAAUGGCAUAUCAUCUAAGUGUGAAUUUUAAUUAUUUUCCAAAGUCAUCAAAGAUAGCUUGUAAUUUGGUUUCCUUGUUUCUCUGUUCCUCAUAUGGUCUCUGCUAAGAAGAGGCACUUUAUAUUUUUGUUAUUAAAGGCAAUUAACUAGAGUUCUUUAAAUUUGUUUUAGGAAUUCAGAUUAGUUAUGAAGGGUCAAGAUUAUCGUGUAUUUAUUUGCCAAGGCUUCAAAUAAAGGAUGAACAUAAAGCCAUCAUCCCUCAAAGUAAAGGAAUGUAAGAAAAUAAACAGAUGCUCCCACGCUUCUAUUGGAAACUAAAUGUGCGGGCACUAAAUGUUUAUGUUCCAUGAGGCAAGUAAGAUUUUAGCAAGAGUUUCAGCUCCAUCCCCCACUCCUUGUUUAUCUAAUAUUUAGGAGGAAGGAAAU